AUGUCUUCGAGCUAUAAUGUUGGCUCAGGAAUGAAACGGUCUAAUACCCCAACGUUGUAUGAACGAGAUUUCCCUAGUGAGGUGGUUUCGGUUGGAUCAUUACAGUCUUUGACUCAAAGAGAGGAUAAUGAAAGAGACUCUUUCAAACUACGACAUAAGAAUGACUCUUAUAAUCAUGCGGUAAAUUUUAACAUCGGCUCUUCUAGAACUAGUGAAUCUUAUCAAGAAUCCAGUGAUUAUGAAGAGCAGCUUUCCUUUAAGCCAAGAAGGAUGCGUAAAGGUGAUACGAAUUCUACGCUAACCAAUACAAAUCUCAGUAACAACGACAACGAUAACAGUACUAAUAAUAGUAAUAGUCGUUUGACUAGGGUUUACUCAGAAACAGAGAAAGCGAAUUUUCACGAUGUGACUGGUGUUCGUAUGUAUGAUGAUAUGAAGUAUAGACCAAUGCAUUUCCAAAAUAACAGCAAUGACAGCGAUGAUAGAGUUUCGAUUGCACAAGAUCCGAUCCCUAUUGAUAUUGAACCAAAACCAGACGUUGGAGGGUACCGUCAGGCAAGACAUCAGCAUGUAAUAAGGCGUAGAUUCUCGUCUGGAGAAUCCCCCUUGAGAUCUCCUUACUUCAACGAACGUUAUAACCAGGGCCUGCCCUUGUUCAAUGAUAUGCAAGAUGAGUACAUCCCAGAUUUCGAUUUUGCUGAGGCCGUUUCGCAGUGGCAAAGCUCAGAUGAUACCAAUAUGCUUUCACGUUUCAAUACAUGGGAACCAGACUAUCUUGGUAAGCCACAGAAGGAAUCAGUAUUGAAACUAGACGAUUUGCAUUCCCAAGUGGCUCCUAUCCCUUUACCAAAUGUUAAAAAUGAGCAACAGCCUCAAAUUCCUAUAGCAAGACCGAGCUCAUCAUCGUUAUUUUCUGCAUCGUCUCUGAGAACUCCACCUGCCCAAAUUGAAAUAUCAGAACAUGACCUAGAUAGAAUUAUGAGAUCUAUUCCAUCGGAUUUCAUCAAUAUGCCAUUUUCCCAACGUAAGAAGAUCAUACAGGAUUUAAGUCCCAACCAUGACUAUAAGACUAUUAUGAACAUUUUGAAACGUGAGAAAUUAAGCCACAGUGGCUCAACACAUAACGUGAGAUCCAGACAUGGAUCAGUUGCAUCGAAAUACUUGAACUCUUUUACCCCCGGUUCUAGUUCUUUCAAGAGGGACGAUAAAGGGUCUUUCAUUUUGGGUCAUAGACUUGGCAAAAUAAUAGGGUUCGGCGCUUGGGGUAUGAUCAGGGAAUGUUUCCCUUCUACAGAUGAAUCUCAAAACCAGAAUAAUACUUGUUGCAAGGCGAUGAAGAUUAUCAAGUUCAAGGACAAUCGAAGUGUAAAGAGGCAAGUACUACGUGAAAUCUCAAUAUGGUCGAAACUUUCCCACAAUAAUAUUCUUCCUUUAACAAAAUGGAAAUUAGACGAUGAUCUGGUGGCAUAUUGUUUAACAGAUAAGAUCGAUCAUGGAACCUUAUACGAUUUAGUUGUUUCUUGGGGCGAAUGUGGUAAUUCAAAGAUUAGUUUAAGAGAAAGGUGUCAAGCUACAUCCGCCUUAGCGUUACAAUUAAUUGAUGCUGUACAAUAUAUGCAUUCUAAAUUCAUUGCACAUGGAGAUAUAAAGUUGGAAAAUUGCCUUCUAGAAAAAAAGUCUGAGAACUACAAAGAUUGGAAGCUUGUAUUAUGCGAUUUUGGCAUGAGUCACUUUUAUGGCCAUUUCAAAGAUCAGAUGGAAAAUGAAUCAAUUCAACUGAAAUCCCUAUUUGAUGGGUCUACUCUUCACUUGAAACGAAGACCCUCAAUUCCAAGAUCUUCCUCUUCAACGAAUAAUUCUUCUUUACGGUUGAAAUCAAGGUUAAGACAAAUAGUGAACGAUAAAAAAUUAAUUCAUGAUGAUACGACUUUGGGUAUUCACUCCGUACCAAAGAGCACUCGUUCUAACCUAACCAGCUCGUUGAACCAAAAAACAGACAUUACAUUAACACCUAACAAAGAUUUGCAUGAACAUAUCAACGAUGACAUGAGCAGAAUUGGCUCUUUACCAUACGCUGCUCCGGAGUUACUAGAACCCAACCCUCCUCCCAUUGGACCAAGCGCUGAUAUAUGGGCCAUUGGUGUUUUAAUUUUCACCAUGCUUACCGGCAAAUUACCUUUUAAACAUGAAUACGAGCCCAGACUUCGUGCAAUAAUAACUUCAGGUAAAUAUGAUAAAACGACACUACGCCAAGUUUGUAACUGUGAUAUGAACUCGAACUUGGGUGUAGAUGACCAGGUGGAAUUCCAAGGUCUAUUCAACGCAGUGAAGGGCUGCUUAACGAAAGACUUAACCCGGAGAUGGGAACUUGAUAUGGUGAAAGUAGCUCUGGGUAAGCAUUGA